AUUAAACCCCCCCCCCCCCCCCAGCCGAGGCUUGCAGGAUUUUACAAAUAUUUGGACAAAAACACGCCCUGCACGGGGCCUAUCCCUGGGGCCAGGUCCCAGCGCGACGCCUGGCUCGAGGCCGUCCACUCCGACGUCGGAAAGAUGAUGGCGAUUAAGGGCGCUCACGACCCGUCCCACACCUUCCGCUCGCGGCUCGUCGAGGGGCACAGCCUCCCCGAGACGCACCACGCCGGCUCCAUCGCCCCCGCCAUCCCCUGCGGCUCCACCUCGUGCACCGUCAAUGUCCUCGGCACCCUCGUCAACGGCUUCUCGUGCCGUGACCACAUGGAGUACCAGCGGAGCGGCUACAAGGGACACAUGCCGAUGAACGCCAUCGCCGCGUGCAACGUCGUCGCUUCGAUGUACCCGCCGUGCGCCCCGUGCAAGCCACCUGGCCUCCCACCCCAGCGGCAGUCGAUGCGGCUGCGGCGGCUGCAGGCCAUAAACGCGUCGGCGAGCCAAAACUUGCGAGUCGACGUCAGCAUCGCCGAGCUGCCGCCGCCGCUGCAGGAGCUGGUCUGGGCCAACCGCUCGCUGCUCGGCUGGGAGCCGCCGCCCCAUUGGGAGUGAGCGUCGCGGCGGAGUGAGCGUCGCGGCGUGCCACGCGUGGAGGGUUGUGGUUGCUUGGCGUCCAGUGGCUGGGGAGUACGGGCCGCGCGUUAAACUGCGCCCCGUCCCUCCUUCCUCGCUCUCCUUUGCGUGCUCUGUCCACACACAGCCUUGACCCUGUAUUGUUUGCGGGUAAUUAUUGCUAAAAAUAUGUAGAAAA